AUGGGUUCCUUUCUUGUUCGAGGAUGGAUUUUGGCUGCGUUAUUUGUGCAGACCAGUCUUGCUACAACAGUACUUGCUGAGCCAACUGUGACUCCCAUUUCUACUCCUGUGGCGACGCACCAUAAGCAGCAUCAUCACCAGCAUCACCACCACCACCAUUGGUCUCACAUCCCUAGGCCUAUGCCCAGUCGCAAGCCUUGUCCUGUUCGUUCUUCAUCGGUGGUUCUCUCCUCCAGUGUAAUCCCUACUUCGACUUCGGCGCCUGUUUCUACUCCCUUGAUCAAACCAUCUGUUAUUGUGUCUACAACCUCGGCGCCUAUUUCUACUCCCUUGAUCAAACCAUCUGUUACUGUGUCUGCAACGGGAUCUCUUUCAACUGGGCCUGCGCAAGUCAGUGGUUCUCCUUCCCAAGGAUCAACCACUGGAGUCGGAUCAUCUUCUUCACAGGCCGGCAUUUCGACGUCUGCCUCUGAUAGCAGCACUACAACUGUCGCUUCUAUGACUACAUCUACAGUCUUCUCUACUCGCACAGCUACCAUUACUGCGUGCCCUACUACAGUCCCUAACUGCCCUGCCAGUUCCAAGACAACAUCUGUGACUACAGAAACAAUUCUGAUAUCCACCACAAUCUGUCCUGUCACUGAAACUGCCGGCCCUACUCAGACAGCACCUGCUUCUCUAUCUACCACUGGCGGUGCUAAUGGCUCAGACCUGACAACAUCUACUGUCUAUACCACUCGCACUGCCACCAUCACCGCAUGCCCAUCUUCAGUGACCAAUUGUCCCCUGAAAUCAAAGACCACAAACGUGGUCACUGAGACCCUGGUUGUUUCCACGACAGUUUGUCCCGUGGCAGAUGCUACUGGUAUCAACGGCGCCGUGCCCACUAAGCAUACUACAUCUCCUUCUAUCACUGAAGCAAUUGGAGGUGGUGAUAACGGAGCUCCCAAGAUGACCACAUCUACUAUCUUUACUACUGUCACAUCCACCGUUCUUGCCUGCCCUGAAUCUGUGACCGAUUGCCCCUUGAGAUCAAAGACCUCUUACGCAACCACCCAAACAUUCGCUGUCGCGACUACUAUCUAUCCAGUCCCGGCAAACCCUCAACCUACCGGCGUCGCUCCCGGAUCUCAAUCUGGCCCAGGUGUAAGCCCAGUCCACACCACGACCAUCCUCGUUGAGUCUUGCUCUGACGAUGGUACCUGUACCGGGUAUAUCAACACGAUCGUGAUGACCCAGACCAAUGCCGCCGGCCCCACCGCGGCUCCACCUCUGUAUACCCCACACCGGGGCUCUGGAGUUGGAGCCAGUGGUUCUGUCACUGCCUCCUCAACUCAUUCGUGGUACCCCAUUAGCCACCCUAGUGGAAUGGCCACGGCUGCUGUUUCGACGGCUACAGCUUCGGCUACGACAAGUACAGUGAACCCGGUGUACACUGGAGCUGCAUCUGUCGGUACUCAAUCGUCGAUUAUGCAGGUUGUGGGUACUAUGAUUGUGAUUCUGCUGGCGAUCUAUGUCUAA